ACAGGAGAUCUUCACCGCAGCCCAACCUGACAUGUCGCUUCGUUUCGGUUUGGACCUCGGUUCGUCACCGAAAUUUUCUGUUGCUUCGUUCUCGUCCCGAUCUCGGACUACUGGUUUAAACCCUAGAAAGCCACGGGAAGUAUAAACCUCGUUCUGCAAUCGAUGAAUCCAUAGGUCUCAGAUCGCACUCCGGAUCUGCAGCGAUCGAGACCUCGGCCGCUCCCAUCGUGUUGCCGGUCCCUUGAUGCCCUCCCCUCCCUCAGGCAUGGCUUGGAAACUUCGGUUCUUCGGGUUUCCCGGCUUGAUCUGCGCGUGCCUUUCCAUCUCCGUGGCUUCCGUCAUCAGGCCGGUCUCCGACGCGCACCGUUCCGCAGCAUUGGAGCUUUUUGUGCCCGUCGACGGAUCAUUUCGAAGCUUGGAAGAAGCUUAUCAAGCAUUGAGAACUUUCCAGAUUCUGGGGCUAGAGAGAACCUAUGACAUAAGUCAUGCAACAUGUCCAAUUAUUUCAGAGAUACUUGGAUCAUCUUCUAAGCCCGAGGAUCUCUUCCAUGCACUUAGGGUGAAUAGCAUUUUAGGAUGCCAGAUUGGCACUCAAAUCUUUGAGGAUGUUGCUUCAAGACUUCUUGUUGGUAUAAAGGAAGCAAACUCAUUGAUGGAUUUCUACUAUUCUGUCCUUAGCUUGUUUUAUAUCAAGCAACAAGGUUCUAGCAUUGUCUUGUUAGAUGCUGAUGUUAUCUUUGAUUCCAUAAAGGCACAUGGUCAAAGUGAUGGAAGAUAUCGCUAUGAUUCCGAUAAUUCUGAACCUAGUACUCAUGCUGCUGGGAUAGCACUUGAGACACUUGCAGGUGUUCUUUCAUUGGCUGAUUCAGACAUGGAUCAAUCUAAGAUUGAAGUUGUAAAGAAUGACAUUGUGAAGCUAUUUGAUAGCAUUAAAAGUUAUGAUGAUGGAACCCUAUACUUCGAUGAGAAGCGUAUUGGUGAUACAGAAUAUAGGGGCCCUCUUGCAACCACAGCUUCAGUUGUGCAUGGUGUUACUGCCUUUGCAGCCAUUGUCUCUGGGAAAUUGGAAAUUAAUGGGGAUAAAAUGGCAGGCUUGGAAAAAUUCUUUCUCAGCAUAGGAAUUCCUGGGAGAACCGAUGAUAUAUAUAUUCAGUUGGAGUCCUUGUCAUGCUUGGAAAACAACAGGAUAUCUAUACCUCUAAUUCUUUCAUUUCCUGCUGCUGUGCUUUCAUUAAGCUCAAAGGACCAUCUUAAGGCUGACGUGACAACAGUGUUUGGUUCAGCUGCACCUCCUCUAACAGUGAAUUUGGUGCAAGUUUUCAGUCUUGAUUCAGAAGAUGUUCCAAUCCUAGAGAACAAGGAGCUUCAAUUUGACCCAGAAAACAGCAUUCAUUACCUGGAUCUCCUUCCACUAAAAGUAGAUGUUGGAAAAUAUAUUCUGUUUUUUGAGAUUUCCCUUCAUGAUCCUGACCACUUGAACAUUUAUGCUACUGGCGGGCGCAUCAAAGCAUUUUUCUUUUUUACUGGAAUCAUUAAAGCUGACAAGGCUGCAGUUGGAAUAUUUGAUACUGACGCUGAAAAUGCAGUGGCCUUGCAAAAGUUAGAUUUAUCAAGAGACAACACAGUUUCGCUAGCAGCAAAUCAUUUAAAGAAGAUGCACCUGAAUUUCCAGCUUUUAACUCCUCUUGGUCAUACUUUUAAGCCACACCAGGUGUUUCUAAAAUUGAGGCACGAAAGCAAAGUUGAGCACAUUUUUGCUUUGGAGAGCUCUGCAGGAAAAUAUAAAGUUUUACUAGACUUCCUUGGUUUGGUGGAGAAGUUUUAUUACCUUUCUGGCAGAUACGACAUUAAACUUGCUGUUGGUGAUGCUGCAAUGGAGAAUUCAUUUCUUCGUGCCAUUGGCCACAUUGACUUAGAUUUACCAGAAUCACCCGAGAAAGCAGCACGCCCUCCACCACAACCCAUUGAUCCUUAUUUGAGAUUUGUGCCAAAGCAGGAGAUAUCACACAUCUUCACGGCACCAGAGAAGAGACCUCCAGAGGAGCUGUCUUCUGCAUUUUUGGUUCUUACACUUCUACCACUUGUAGGAUUUCUGAUAGGGCUGUUGCAUCUUGGAGUGAACCUAAAAGGCUUCCCUUCCUCAUCUGUGCCUGCCUUUUGCUCUAUACUCUUCCAUGGUGGCAUCGGUGCCAUAUUGUUGCUCUACGUGUUCUUUUGGUUAAAGUUGGAUCUCUUCACAACUCUGGAGGCUCUCGGUCUUCUUGGGGUUUUUCUAAUCUUCGUGGGUCAUAGGACUCUUUCCCAUCAUGCUUCAACACCAACUAAGCUGAAGACUACAUGAAAGGAUAUCGAAACUGUAGCCUCCAUUUUGUAGUUUUCAUCAGCUUUUAACUUUGGACAGCGAUUCCACUUCACUGAGACAAAACAUGAAAUCUUCAGCAUUUCAACAGGGUUAACACAUAGUUAUGGACUGACUGGAAUUAUUGAGAGUAGAUUGAUUUGAGUGAUCAAAGACUUGUCAAAUACUUGAUGCAAUUGCUUGUUAGGAAAGCUGAGAUGGCUUACAAAAAGAAUGCUUGCAAAAUGCACAGUUACGCCCCUCUAAGUAGUUCAAAUGUUGAUUCUGUAGUCUUCCUUUUCUUUUACAAGAAUUUUCUUAAAUUAUAAGAACCUUGAUUAAGACUCUUUCUA